AUGUCGACAACAGUCACACCUACUCCUACGCCAACAACUACACCAGAUAAUGAUAUUGAACGGCCUGCAUUUCGACCACAAAGGCCACCACCACCACCUCCAUCCUCAUCCAUAACUGUACAAUCUGAGCCAAUAUCACCAAACACGCUAUAUCCAAUCCUUGCUGACUGCGAAUCGGACUUCACGAAUAUCGAUCCACGAAAUGAGACUCCGUCAGAAGAAAAUCGACCAACUCUUCUUAGAUUCGCAUUUACUGAUCUCUUCGAUUCAUUUAAUUAUGAGAGUGUUCGCAACCAAAUUCUAACCCGUGAAAUGAAAACAAGUCCUUUUACUACUGUCCUAUGGCGAAUAUUUCUCCAUUGCUUGCCACGCAGUUCAAGUCAAUGGAAUCAAGCUAUCGAGUUAUCUCGUGAUACUUAUGAUGAACUCGUUAAUGACUAUUUUCUUGAUUUAAAAAAGAUACGAGAUCACAAUGGUGAUGUCGAACAUCUCAAUCAUCCACUUUCUCAAGAAGAAAAUAGUUUAUGGAAUCAAUAUUACGUUUAUGAAGAAUUGAAAGAAAACAUCUAUCAAGAUGUUAUACGAACUUGUCAAGACAUCGAUUUUUUUCGACAAAAACACAUUCUUGAUCUUUUGUUAAAAAUUCUCUAUAUUCAUAGUCGACACAAUAGUCAAUCAUGUCCGUAUCGACAAGGCAUGCAUGAAAUUCUCGCUGUUAUUGUCUACACUAUUCAUUUGGAAAGUCAAGUCAUCAAUGAAUAUCCAGAAUCAAACGAAAUGAUGAAAAAACUUUACGAUCCACAGUAUCUUGCUCAUGAUGCCUAUGCAAUCUAUGAGAAAAUCAUGGAUCAUUUGCAGCCCUUCUAUGAUUUUAAAACAAACAAUCCAAUCGUCCGUAGAAAUGCUCAUUUGAGUGAUAAUAAGCAAAUUUUAUUUCCUCGAUCUAACGAUACACAACUUUACUGGAAUGAUACUGUUAUGCGAGUCAAUACAAUUUAUGAACGUUUGAAAGAAUGCGAUCGUCCACUUUAUGAACAGUUGCAAGAUUUAAGUAUCGAACCAACUGUUUACGGAAUACGAUGGCUCCGAUUGUUAUUCGGUCGUGAAAUUCCAUUCGGUUCGGUUCCAACUUUGUGGACAGUGAUUUUCUGUUACGAUGAAUGCUUUGCGUUCGUCGAUUAUUUCUUUUUGGCACUUCUCAUGGAAAUCGGACAAUUGUUCAAGAAAAAUGAUAUAUCUGAAUACAGUUUCUGUUUACAAUAUCUCAUGCAGCCGAACAACAUCUCUGAUAUCGAAGUUGUUAUUCAGCAAGCAUUAACAUUAGAAAAGUUGACGAAAACAAAGGAAGCGCAGCGACUUUCGGCUAAUCUUUCUGCGCAAAACAGCACGGGCAAUCGUUCACCGAUGGGAGGAGUGCAAAAGUCAGCAUCACCGAUACAAAACUUUUCGCAAAAUCCGCUGAUUGACGCAACAAAACCAAGUGUACCAACCCCUUCGUUUUUCUCGUCAUUACAAGGCGGAAAGAAUAAUUCUUCGAAAACGCCAAUUGAAUCUGAAAUGAACGACAAUCCAGGCAAAGAAUCACAGAUACUCUAUGAUUCCAAUGUUUUCAUACAGAAAUACUGUGCUGAAUUCAUGAACAAAUUCAUUACUCGAAUAAAAGAUCGUUUGUGUAAUCUACCUGAUACGAAAGAAGAUGUGAUUAUUCAACUUACUGGUUUAGAACAGAUUGCGAAUGUACUCGAUGGUACGUUAACAUUCGAUGAUAAUUCUCUUCAAGCGCUGGCGAAUUAUAAAACAAAAGAAACUUCUGUUCCCAAUAACGAUCAAAACGAUGCCAGUUAA